UUAUGAUCUCGAUCAGAAGCACGUUCCUGAAACAGAUGUCAAGCAGACAGUAAUAGAAUGUUGAUGAGAGUGACAUGGAUGCAGAAACCGAGUUCAAUUUGUUCUCUAAACCUUAAGAAUCCUAACAGAUAACACCAGAUAAUUUGGUCGUAAUUCAUCAAGAAGGAUGUCACAGGUUUUGAUAUACGUCAGGGGAGAUCACUCUGUGGAGGAAUAUUGUUUUUUCUCUCGAGAACUGUCACCUGUCUUAAUUGACUACAAGGAAGUUGGUAUAACACUUCUGUAUGACACAUCAACGAAACAUACACAUCUGUGUCUAAUCAAACUUGAUCCUAACUCCAAAAAUUAUCAAAACCAGAAGAAAAAGUCACCAAACAAAAACAACAACAAAUCCUCUGGAAGUACAAAACCACAAACUAAUGUAUCCAACAACGAAAAUAGUGAAAACAUUAACAGCGUUUUUCAGAGUCCAAGUGAUUUAACGCUACUGUCAUUCUCUGAUAUUGUUCCUGUGAAAGAAGCAACAUUGCAAUUUGAUGCCCAUCUUGUGUCUUGUAUUUCCUAUGAACUUAAACGGUCACGGAUAUUUAGGAGAAGGUUUCUGAAAUAUGUGGCAAGGAAUUUCAGAUUUAAACCCUUCAUUGUGCCAAAUUCAGUGACUAACUCUCAUGUUUGUGAAUUCUUUGAUUCUGUUGUGCUUGUGCCUUAUGUAGUGAAAUUAGUUUUGUUGUACCCUAGGCAGAAGAUUGAUUACGCAUGGAAUUACCGGAUGGGGAGUCAGAUGAUGAGGAGAGUAAUACUUGAUGAUGCCAUGAAUUGGCUGUCAACCCUUGGAGGAGGGUACUCCUCACUUGGAGACUACUUCCAACACCAUGCAGAGGAAGCCGGGAGGAUCUCAUUGCAGCAACUGAAACUAGCAGAACGGAUGGGAGAUCCUGUCAUGAGUGCCAGAUGUAAAAUUUUCUUUGCACAGAGCUUGAUGCAGAGAGGCUACAUCAAACAGUGCAAAGCAAUUCUCAGGGCACAAAGUUACCACUGCAAGUCUUUGUUAGUCUCGGACGACAAGCUUCUGGCUCUGUACAAGUCACUGAAAUGGAGGUUAAAACACCUGAACGACAACUCAAUCACAAACUCUUGACCCCUGGGAAUGGACCUAGGACAGAUUAUUUUAAAUAAUUUUGUGCUUAAUGAAAAAGGCAUAAAGGUGUUCUGUGAUAGCUCAAGUGUUUUAAACAUACAUGUAUGUAGUUUAACAGUGACUAAACUGAUUGUUUAUUAUAUACUUUACCUAUAUAAUAGGGUAUUGAUCUUCUCUGUAUAAAUGAUUCUGGUCCAUUUUCAGUAUUGAACUGUUUUGAUUUUCUGUGAUUGGGAACACAAAGAAGAUAUCUUAUUUUUUCUGGUUUCAUUUUUGUACUGAAAACAUAUCUUCUCCCCUGCCCCACUGUGUUCCUUUCCACACGCCCUCCACUCCUACCAUGUAAAGAAUGGAUAUUGACAUCUGAAUAUACAGAAUAUGUAUAGGAAAGUUCAUUAAACAUUCAAUAAGAUUUUAUAGAGAAAAUGUGUAAAUGCAUAGUUUUAUCUAUGAUACUGUAUUCAUCUCAUUAAUUUACAUACUUAAGGGUAACUUGAAGUGAGUGAGGAAGGCAAUAUUAUGUACAUGUAUAUGGUAUAUAUUCAGUUAAAAUAUUGAAUUAUCUCCCUUAUUUCUAAAUUUAUAUUUAUAAAUCAAUGAAUGCAUAGUGAUCCUUUCACAUUUUAUAAGCAAAGCUGUUGGAUGACACAAAUGCUUUAUUGAAGAUGUAUGCAUUGUUUGAUGUCUUGAUUUUACUGUUGAUCCAACUUAUUUAUGAAUAUAUGUGUUAUUUCUCUACUUUUACAUUGAGCAAACAGACAUGAUGGAACUUAGACUAACGAAGUGAGGCUAUGUACUGUUUUGAAUAUCAAUUGAAUUGAUAUGGAUUUAAGCAAUGGUGAAAUGGCAUACCCAAAAUGCUUGCGUUAGAAAGCAAUACUCAGAAACUGUAAUUAGCACAGUCAUAAUACAGAGGAAUGAUUUUAACGUAAAAAUCGCUAAAAUAAGAUUACCACUUAAAUAUGUAUGCUAACAAUAUUAUUGUAUUUCUUCUACACAGUACCCUGAUUUGUUUGUGCUUACAUCAUGUACAUUGCAAAGUCCCAGAGGUUAUGCUAGCCAGGUAUGGCUUUAUUAUAUGCACGAGGUAAACAAACAAAUCAGGCAUUGUGUGAAAGAGAUUAGAUAAUGCAUAACUUCAGAUUCGUUGUCCGGGUCUGGUGAGGUCUGUCUAUUCAAAAUCAAUGACUGCUUAAAGCAAUUCAUAUGACAAUCUUACUGGGGAGGUGGCAAAAAACUGCCACCGCAUUGUCAGAAUAUAUAUUUUUGCUGUAUAAUGGCAGUGACGGAAAUACAGCUUAUAUUUUAAGACACAUGACCAUGUAUUCUCUAUAUAUACAGUUGUUACUGGAUAAUGCGUAGAUUGGUACUAUUAGAACAUGGCAAUUCAGAACAAGGCUUCACUUUACCAAGGGUUGACACACUUGAAAUUAUUGAUGCAUUGCCGUGUAUUUGACACUGUUAAUAGCACCUGUAAGCCAUUAUGCCUUCUAGUGAAAGACAAAUUAUGUCUGUUAAGAAAGGUAGUGCUAUCUUUUUGUUGGAGAAUAAAAGUGUUAUGUGUUGGGGGUG